AUGGAACUUGCCAUCAAUCUCAAGCUUGAAAAUAUCAAAAUUUACAGUGAUUCCCAGUUGGUGGUUGGACAAAUUGAAGGGACGUUCAACAAGAAAGACGAGAAGAUGAGCUUAUACUGCUUGAAAGUGCAUGAUCUCCAAAGAAAGUUCAAGAGUUGUGAAAUUGUGAAAAUUACUCGGGCUGAGAAUUGUAAGGUCGAUGCCUUGUCAAGAUUGGUGUUCAUGGGAAUAGAUGGGCUUGAUAGGAUAGUCCACGUUAGAAUUGUAAUCGAACCAAGCAUCAAUCAAAUCGUAGGCGUCAUGGCUAUUGAUAAUGAGCCAUCGUGGAUGGAUCCAAUAGUGGACUUCAUAAAUCAUGGCAAUCUUCCAGAGGAUCCCCGAGCAGCAGGAAGCAUCCGGUCCAAAGCUCCAAGGUAUUGCAUGAUUGAAGGAGUUCUAUUUCGCAGAAGCCUCACACUUCCAUACCUCAGAUGCCUUAAGCCUUCCGAAUCAUCCCAAGCCCUAGAAGAAGUUCAUGAAGGAAUAUGUGGGAACCAUCAAGGAGCUCGGGCAUUAGACUUCAAGCUUAUAAGGUAUGGAUAUUAUUGGCCUACCAUGAAGAAAGACGCCCAAGACUAUGUUAAGAAGUGGGACAAAUUGAAGUUUGUGGCUGUGGCUGUAGAAUAUUUCACUACGUGGGUGGAGGCCGAGCCUUUAGAAACAAUUUUAGAGCCUAAGUUGAGAACUUUCAUUUGGAGGUCCAUCAUAUGCAGGUUCGGGAUACCGAAAGUCCUCAUAACUGAUAAUGGAUCGGAGGUGCAAGAGGUUCCUGGUCUGAUGAGUUAUCGUCCAUACUUUAGACGUAUAGAACGUCCCACAAAACCGCUACGGGGGAAACCCCCUUCAUGUUGGCUUUGGGUAUUGAGGCCACCAUACCUGUUGAAGUCAGGUUGCCCAGCCAAAGAAGACUUGAGCCCGAAGAUGCAAGGCACACCACUGAACAUCUCGACCACUACUGAACAUCUCGACCUCUUGGAAGAAGUUCGUGAUCAGGCAACUUUAAGAAUGGCCUCUUACCAAGAUAAAAUAGCAAAGUAUUUCAAUAAAAAAGUGAGGAUGCGUAGAUUCAGAGCCGCAGACCUUUUAUUAAGAAGAGCUGAAGCAGCAAAUUAUGCCCCGGGCAAGCUAGGACCAGUUUGGGAAGGACCCUUCGAAGUCAUACGACAGCUUCAAGGAGGUGCAUAUAGUUUAAGGGAUAUAUCAGAAAGACCACUUCCAAGACCAUGGAAUGCCUAG